UAUCUUGUUGAUUCGAUUGAAGAAUCAUUGCAUUGGUAGUUGAGGACUUUUGAUGUCUAUUCAAAAAAGCAUUGUGUGAGUACGGUAAGCAAGUCCAGGAAUGAUUGGAGUCGAGACCUUUUUUGCGACCACCUUUUUCCCUUCUCACAAGUCAAACAUUGCUCUCUCCCCUAAAUUAUAGAAAGAAAGCAUACUUUAAUAGGAUCGGCCUGCAACAAGGGACCAACAAUGUCAGAUGCAGAGAUCCCCCCAGGGAAUAACGACGAAGCCGAGGAACCGGAAUCGUUGAAGGAAGAAUCCGAUGAGGCUUCCGUCGACACGGUAAAUAAAAUGACCCGCUGCCAGCGUAUAUGGCUUGGCGUUAUAAUUGCGGUGGUUUUGCUCGUUGCAAUUGCUGCUAUUUGCGUUGCUAUUGUUCCAGAAGCCAGAAGAAUGAAGAGUUUGAACAAGAAAAAAAACAAGAUCCCAACUGUUACAACAAGCGAUCUAUUUGAGAUCGACGAAUCCAUUUUCUUUUCCAACAGUACCGAACCGUACGAUUCGAUCGAAGAAGUUCAGAAAGAUAUUGAAGGGAUGGUAAUGAGUAUGGUCAACAAAAUUAUUCUCAACGAAGCAAAUGGAGACGAGGAGUAUUAUUACGACGACGACGGUUUUAUGUUCAGGGACGCUCUCUUCGCAUUGGACUCUGGAGCCGAAUUCGCCGAUUUUUCUUCUGCGGCUUCUCCAGCUGUAUCGACAGAAGCCAUUGCGGUAAAUAGAGAAUCUGAUGGAGUAUUCGAAGGCAUAACCGACUUUGAUACCUACCAACAAGAGGCAGGUGCUGUUAAAAACGAUCUCGUCAAAUCUAAUGGUGAUUACGUUUUCGUUGGAACCGACAAUCGCAUACUAGUUUGGAAUCUCGAAGGCAACCUGACAGACGAGGUCGAAAUCGAGUCGGACACGGUUUCAGAUGAUGAUGAUGAUGAUGGCUUCAGUAGAUGGAUAUCUAAGCCCCACAUUCAAGCUCUCAUGAUGAAUCCCGAAGGAACCAAGCUUAUUGUAGUCACGGAUGAUCCAGGCUCUUACCGCUCUCGAUACGCAAACAGCGAAAGCGGCGAUUAUCUUGACAUUGAUGUCGUUAGUUCUUAUUCAAAAACUCGAAUCAUAGUGUAUAGCAUCGCAGAAGGAUCACUCACAGAACUCUCGCAGUCGAAAAUUGACGGUGAACACAGUGACUCGUAUACGGUAGGUAACAACGUUCAUAUUGUGACCCGGAUGAACAUGCAAACGUGGGAAAUUUUGAAGGAACCGUUGAGUCGCUGGCGUAUUGAUCCAAGGUAUGGUAUGACCGACGAAGAAUACGCCGCAGCAGCCAUGCGCAGGGCGGAGGAAGAAAUAAUCCCGCAAUUUGUAGAAAAACUCGUCCAAUUUGUCACCGAAGACGACGAGAUUUUACUUUCACGUUUCACUAGCUUCCCUGGUUCCAUGGCUGAUUACGACGCUAUUGCCCAAAUCAGUUCAUUCGACGUUAGUAUCAUCGAUAGUACGAAUGACAUUGAAGUGAACGCUUCAAAAUCGUUGAUUCUUCGCCCCGGAACCAACGGCUAUGUAUAUGCUACUGAUGACUGGAUCUGGGUGUCAGAUCAAGCUUCCAUCUUCAGUGUUGACGAACAAAAAAAAGUUCAACAAACCAUGUUGCUUGGAUUUCGACUGAAUGGGGCAUCUUCUUCUUUUGCUGCAGUUGGGUCUGUUCAUGGAUUUCUGUUGAACCAAUUUGCGAUCGAUUUUGUGGAGGAUGCCGACAGUGGCAAGGAAUAUAUAAGAGUUGCUACUACACAGGAUUUCGGCUCGCUUCCUUGGAUGUGGUUAGAAAUGUGGAGGUUUGAUGACUUGAUAGUGAGAGAAGAAGAGGAAGACAUGUCACGAACCAAAAACGAGAUUGUGAUUUUCGAAGUACCAAACGUAGAAGACAGUGAUCAAGGCAUCAGUGAAUUGAUUGAGGUUGGCAGCGUCGAGAUUGGAAAGAAGGACGAGGUAAGAGUUGGUCAACGAAACAUUAUAACUUGAAAACGUUAAUUAUUUGAAUUCCUUCUUUACUUUUCUCACACUUUCUCUGAUACUUUCAUUACUUUUCGCCCUCAAGACAAUCACUGCGGUCCGGUUCUUUGAUAAUCUUAGCUACGUUGUCACAUUUGAACGUACCGAUCCUUUCUAUGUUCUUGAUUUAUCUGACCCGACCAAUCCUGAAGUACUGGGUGAACUAGAGGUUCCUGGUUUUUCGGAAUUUAUGCAUCCGAUUACAGAUGACAAUUCAAUGCUUAUAACAGUUGGACAAAAUGCCGAUGAAGAUGGUGUUACCACAGGUUUUCAGAUAUCUAUUUUCAACUCGACUGUGCCCACUGACCCCAAAUUGGUCGACAGAUUUCUUCUCGAAAACCAAAGAGGAGACUCUUGGUCAGGAAGCUCUGCGUCAUGGGACGAAAGGGCUUUCCGGUACGUUGAAGUCGGCGACCUAGGUCGUCUCAUCAUUCCCGUCGAUAUCUAUUUCCAUGGGUGGGAUCAGUUUGGAAACAGGCUCGGGGAUGAUUUUCAAGGAUUCAUGGUAUUUGGUAUUGAUUUGACACAGACAGAGAACAUGAUCACACGCGAAAUAGAGAUCAAUCAUGCGGAAAAUAGUGCUUCGACUGGACCUUUCCCUGAAAUUUUCCCUGCCAGGGACUGCUUUUGCGGUUUUCAUAACAUCUAUCUUCCAGAGAGAAGCAUGCUCUUCGAUGGGAAACUCAUGACUAUGAAAGGUAACAGUGUGAUCAAUACAGAUCUUGUUUCAGGACAAAGCCUAUGGGAUCUAUCGCUUUCACAUCCAGAAGACAACAGUUGCUGCGACGAUGACAUGAUGUUCGACGACGACAUGAUUGGCGACAAGGACGAGGAUGACAUGAUGUUCGACGACGACGACGACAUCGACGAGGACGAGGACGAGGACGACGAUGCCUUUACCGGUGACGACUUUUGAUGUGUAAAGGUUAGUAUUUAUGCUUUCAUCAGCUGUUCAGUAGGACCAAAAAAUGAGAAGGCAACAAAAUAUAAAGCACUGCACAUGAAGCUGUACGUGUGCUUAUUCAAUAUCAUCUUUUAUCGUGCACAGAUUUCGCUUGUUUCCCUCCAGUAUGAUCAUAUUAUCAUACAGGUCAUAUCAUGAUGAACAAACUAUUUAUAACGUGCAGAAUAGUAGCAACAAGCUUAUUAGUACUACUAUGAUUAUGAUUAAUUCACAUCAAUGGUAUGCCACGUUGAUUCGUCAGGUGCGCAAUCCAACUUCAGAUGAUAAUUUGUUACUGUCAGUCAUGAACUGAAGCUAAUUUUGGAAAGUUUUACCUCCCAUCACAGAAUAUCAUGCGUCUUGAUAGCACCUGAAGGGUAAGAAUUAGCUUGAUUUUUAUGUUGGCCAUUCUGACACCAAUUCCACCCGCACAGAAUCCACAGAAUAUAGAAACACCGUGAUUCCAGCACAUGAAUCCAUAGCCCAUGAGCCCAUUUCCAACAUAUAGUCACAAACAAACUGAAAGGAGAAUAGUCAUCAAUUUAACAAUGAUGCCGAGGUCAAUAUUGAUCAUGCUUGUAAACCUGAACUUGAGCUUUACAUGUGUUCUGAGUGCUUCGACUUUACCAAUAAAAUUGGAAGUAAGAC